AUGAUGGAGCCGGAGGAGCUACCGCCGCCUCUGUCCAGAGACCUCCCGCGCCGACGCUGCUCCAACCGACAGACGAAAAAGGCGAGAGGAAGGGCAGAAGCCGCGCUCUCUCGGCCCCUGCAGGGCCCGGCGGAGAAGCAAGGCUGGACCGCCUCAGCUCCCCAGCUGCCGCUGCCGCCGCCGCCCCCGCCUCCGCCGCCGCCGCAGCCCAACCUGCUGAGUGCGCGAGCCUCUGGCGCGGCGCGGGGCGAGCCCGGGCGCGAGCCUGCCACCCCUUCGGCUGCCGGCGUGCGUGAGUGCGUGCGUGCGUGCGUGCGCGUGCGCGCCACAGCCAGCGCCUUCCUGGUUCGCCGGAUCUCCCUGCUUCUCCACGAGCAGCCGAGACGAGGGAGGUUAGAACAGACCCAUGGCAGGCAGAAGCGGGAGGGAGCUGGCGGCGCAAGAGUGGGCGCGGCCCUCGUGCCAUGGAAAGGACCGCGCCGCGGCGGCCAUAUGAAGUGUGGCGCGUCGCAGCCUCAGUGGAGGGAAGGCGAGGCGAGGCGGAGGCGAGGCCGGGGCAGAGGAGCUUCCGGAACUAAAGUACUGCGAGAAUUAAGCGAGGCUCGGUCGGCUAUUGAUACCGGACCGAUCAAGGCCAUUCCGUCACUGUUUUCAGGCGCUCAGGGAUCGCGGCUGCUGGAGCCGGUCUUCGGCUUGCGUAACUAUACGCCGCAGCAGCUAAGAAUGAGCGGAGCCCUGGGAAAGGUGCUGUGCCUGAGGAAUGAUUCCAUUUUCAAACAAGCUUUUUCCCUUUUAAGGUGCAGAACUUCAGGAGAGAAUCCCAUCUAUUCUGUAGGUGGCUUUCUAUUGAGUACCAGUCGGCACUACAAAACAAAACCCACCCAUGGCAUUGGAAGAUACAAGCACCUAGUUAGAGCACAACAGCCCAAGAAGAAGAAGGCAAAAGUAGAAGUGAAACCCAUUAAUUUGGGGACAGAUUAUGAGUAUGGUACUGUAAACAUUCACCUGAGUGCAUAUGACAUGGCCCUGGCAGAGAGUUACGCCCGGUAUGUUCACAACCUCUGCAAUGGCCUCUCCAUUAAAGUCGAGGAAAGUUACGCAUUGCCCACGAAAACCAUGGAGGUGUUGCGGCUGCAGGACCAAGGCAACAAAAUGUUCCUGGACUCAGUCCUUACCACCCAUGCGCGAGUGGUUCAGAUCAGCGGUUUGAGUGCUACGUUUGCGGAGAUUUUCUUGGAAAUAGUUGGAAACAAUCUUCCUGAAGGAGUCAAACUGUCAGUGAAGGAGCACACCGAAGAAGACUUCAAGGGAAGGUUCAAAGCUCGACCAGAACUGGAAGAACUGUUGGCCAGGAUGAACUAGCUCCCUGUAGACCCUUUCAUACCAGCACUGGUGAUACUGAGUGCUAAGGAGAAGACCUUCCAGGGUGGUCAGAGUUAAGCAGGAGACCGCGGGUCUUAGAUAUCACAAGUACCUAUUCUCACAGUUAGGGAUGCACCUGCUCUGUGUGGUAUGGCUCUGCUUGCCAUUUGUCAACCACUUUCCUUUAAGCUAACCCCAGGUAUCCUCCAUCUAAUAAAAAUCUACUACAAAAUCA